AUGGCGUCGAUGCACACUUCAUCCUCCCGACCAUCGGUCCCCUUUGCGUCGUACGGGAUCCGCAACAUCGGCAUGGUCCUGUUACGCGAGCCGUUCGAGGUCCCGCACGCGCGCCGCAUCCACGCCAAGCUCGUCGACGAACAGACAGGACGAGCGAUCUAUUUCACCCAGCACCGUACAACCGUUUACGAGGCCGCCUUGUUCAUGGGUCGAGAAAAGGUGAGCUCUGAUUCCGGUGUCCGCGGCGAUCGUUUUGGGUCAUUUGCGUUACACCGAGCACUGCAUACGAGGGCUUCAUCGGCGCUGCGAGAAAUGCGCGUGCCCUCUCCUAAGCUCGAAUCGCCGAGCAUCGACAGAUCAACACCGACGCCGUGCACGGACCGGGUUUCUUUCAUUGUGUAAGCUGACUCUCCGAACACACGUCGUAUCAUUGCUUUGAUGCCAGAUCGGACAAUGUUCGGAAGAGGAUCUCGAGUUCAGGGACAUCACCGUGUCGUCGCAGAAGUUGUACAAGUCGGGUUUCUUCUCCAACAAGUGAGCACGUGCAUCUGAUCUCGUGAUUCGUCACCAAAUUAUUUACUGGUCUAGGGUCUCUUAUUGACUGUUUAUUCUCCGGCUGAUGCAGAACAAGAUCAUGGAAAGCGCCGGAUGGCCUCAAGUACUCUUGGUUGACGGGCGAGGAUGGCAGUCUGAGAGUUAGUCUGAUCGACGCCGAUGGGAUCGAGGAAUCGAACGUUGAAACUGACACGUCCUGUUCUCCGCUUCUUUGAUCGUUUAUAGCUCACGCAAAACAAGACACAUUCUGCGGUCGUCAGUGCAACCGAUGUUGGGAACGGGUAAGUCCAGCUCGGCUGUGUAAUCAACCCAGUAGAACUCCAGAGCUCCGGACACUGACCUUGACAUCCACGACGUUAUUCGGCAACCCAGGUGCACACGGAUAGUCAUCUCAACCCAGGUCAUUGGAUUCGUCGAACUCGUACUACUCACGUGAGUAGAUCGAACAAAGGAUUUGACGGUGAAGACUGACCUCGGUUCACCGUUCUCCUCCUUCAGAAUGCUUCAACAAGAGUUCGAGUUAUCGAAAACGCACAAGAAGAUGCUCAAGGAAGCCGAGGACCAGGAUGGCGAUCUGAGCGUAUGGUGA